GAUCCUUGUUUAUAUCAUGGAAAAACAGAAGACAAAAGGGUAUCCUGAACACUACUUUUGUGCACGACUUAAAUUCUUCAGAGUUUGUAAUGCGAUAUCGUGCAAUGGCAAGCAGUUUUAAAAUGAAAGGUUAUAGAAGGUCGUUUGUAUUAAUAAUACAAAAAAAACUUUCUGCUAUUGAUUCCGCCCAUCCUUGAACAUUACAGCAGAAAUCGCCCAGCUCGCGUCUGCCUUGUACCCGAUCGUGAUGAUGUAAUUGUUCCAAGCACGCAACCUGCUGUAUGUACAUCCGGGUCCUGGGCUGUCGUUAUUAGGUUGUUAGGUGCAGGCUCUCUCUCUCGGGGAGGCUGGGGUUGAGUGCUGAGGUUAGGAGCGCCUUCUCAAAACACGUUGGCGUAGAGAGAAAAAAAGAUUAGAUUGCAUGAAUGCUCUUUGAAAUUUAUUUUUUCCUCUCAAAUGAAAGUAAUGCAUCCCUGGCUCACCCAGGACGGAGAGCUGCGCUCUUUUUCAAUCUGAAUGCAUUGAAAGGCGGUUUCUCCCCCUCACCACAGCUCUAUCUCUUUCUGUCUCUGUCUCUCUUUCCCUCUUCCUUCUUUCUGUCUUUCCUUCGGUGUUUUUCUUCCCGGUAGUCCUUCGCUACUGCCGCAACCGCCGCUGCUGCGUUGGUGUUAUCUUUUUUUAAAAAAAAAAAAAAUCCCGCAGAGCUCGCUUCUGAUCCAGAGUAAAAUAAAAGGAAAACAAAAUGGGUGCGUUUUUGGACAAGCCAAAGAUGGAGAAACACAAUGCCCACGGGGAGGGCAACGGCCUGCGCUACGGGCUGAGCAGCAUGCAGGGCUGGCGGGUGGAGAUGGAGGACGCUCACACGGCGGUCAUCGGCCUGCCCGGCGGGCUGGACCUGUGGUCGUUCUUUGCCGUGUACGACGGGCACGCCGGCUCGCAGGUGGCCAAGUACUGCUGCGAGCACUUGCUGGAGCACAUCACAAACAACCCGGACUUCCAGGGGGCCGCCCCGGAGCCCACGGUGGAGAACGUCAAGAGCGGCAUCCGGACGGGCUUCCUGCAGAUCGACGAGCACAUGCGCGCCAUCUCCGAGAAGAAGCACGGGGUGGACCGGAGCGGCUCCACGGCCGUGGGCGCCAUGAUUUCCCCCAAGCACGUCUACUUCAUCAACUGCGGGGACUCGCGGGGGCUGCUCAGCAGGGCGGGCAAGGUCCACUUCUUCACGCAAGACCACAAGCCCAGCAACCCGCUGGAGAAAGAGCGCAUCCAGAACGCGGGGGGUUCGGUCAUGAUCCAGCGCGUCAACGGCUCGCUGGCCGUGUCCAGGGCCCUGGGGGACUUCGACUACAAGUGCGUGCACGGAAAGGGCCCCACGGAGCAGCUGGUCUCCCCCGAGCCGGAGGUGUACGAAAUUGAGAGGUCCGAGCCCGAAGACGAGUUCAUCAUCCUCGCGUGCGACGGCAUCUGGGAUGUCAUGGCCAACGAAGAACUGUGUGACUUUGUCAGGUCCAGGCUGGAAGUGACGGAUGACCUCGAGAAAGUGUGCAAUGAGAUUGUCGACACUUGUUUGUACAAGGGAAGCCGGGACAACAUGAGUGUGGUGUUGAUCUGUUUCUCCAGUGCUCCCAAGGUAUCCCCGGAAGCAGUGAAGAAAGAGGCAGAUCUGGAUAAGUACCUGGAAAGCCGAGUAGAAGAGAUCAUUAAGAAGCAGGGUGACGAAGGAGUGCCAGACUUAGUCCACGUGAUGCGUACAUUAGCGACGGAGAGCAUCCCCAAUCUCCCGCCAGGGGGGGAGCUGGCGAGCAAACGGAGUGUUAUUGAAGCCGUAUAUAACAGACUCAACCCAUACAGGAGUGAUGACACAGACUCGGCAUCGACCGACGACAUGUGGUAAUACCGCCUGCUUAGCACAGAGUUUACAUACAGCCACCAACCAAGAACACCAUUCAUCAGUCUGUCUACCGUCAGUCCUCAGAGCUUUUAUUUUAAGAAGGGAAUGUGCGAUUGGGAAGGAGGAGAUACAGAAACAACUACAGUACUGCAACUAUCUGCCCAAGGAAGUGAAGUGUUCUCCUUUCCUUUGUUCUUUUCUUUCUUGUUUUUUUUUUCUUGGUCCUCAACAAAAAAAAGAAAAAGUCAGAACAAUAAUGGAAAAUUUUAUUAUAAAUUUAAACAAUUCUUUACUGUAAUAAUUGGACUCUAGCUUUUUUGUGUGUUGUAUAAUUUUUUUUGUUUUUGUAAAGUGCAAUUGUCCAUGUAUGAAAGAGAAAGCAAAAAAAAAAAAAGCGCCUGUAUUUAAUGAAGCUUGAGUUGGUUUAAGUAAAAACUAAAAGCACUGUCUGCCUUUUUCUGGUCUUCUGGGAUGCAACAAAUAUUUGUUCAGUGAAUAUUAUUGUUAGUCCUACUGAUUUUUUUUUUCCCUUUUAUUCUUUAAAGAAACGGGUAAAUGACAAGCAAGCGCGUGGUAGACCUUGUUAAUCCAGCAAACAGAAUCGUGGCUCAUGACAUUCUCCACCUACCGUCUCUUUUGGUUUUCUUUUCUGGUAUGUGUGACUCAGUCCUGGCUUUAUUUUUAUCACUGGAACCCUAUCAACUGCUUUUGAUCUCGCCUUUUCAUCCCCUGCCGCCGGGAUCCCCCAGGUCAGGCCUGACGCCAUUCACGUCCUGCGUUUAGCCCUUGAGAGUGGGUUCGCUCUCGACCGCUGUGAACGGCGCCCACUGUAGAAGUGGCUUCAUGAUAUGCGCUCCCCGCUCCCCGCCCAUCAGAGCUGCAGUGGGGUGACUGUUCGGAAGCCCAAAGCGGUUGUCUCCUCCGCUCUGAGGCACGCUGGGCCUGCUUUCAUACUCUCUCUCCCUGGCGUCCGAGAGCCCGCGCCCUGACGACACUAAUUAUUUUUAUGGUUUUUUUUCCCCUCCGCUUUUCAAAAACAAAAAACUACAGAUGCUGAGUGAGCAGUAGUACCUUUAGAGUCUUGUCCCCCCCCCCCUCUAAGAUGGAGGGCUCUUGUAAAACCAGUUUGAUGUUAAACGUUUGAAAGAAGAUCUUUGAGGGAGUGUUUUAGCAAUGAGCUGGUGGAUAGCUGCUGCAGUUUGUUCUGUUUGCUAGAAAACUGCUUGUUCUGAGGUUUAAUUUUUAUCAUUUCCCUUUACUUAACCUUAACUAUGAACAAAAAGCAAUGCAAGGAGGGGGCCCUAGAUCUUCUGUACAUCUUUUCUGUGUGAUUUGAUUUACUCUGCUGUUAGCAGAUAAUUCACUUUCUCAGGAGUGGGAUUGGCUGAGGUUGCUGCUAUUAUGUGUAAUUGAAUGCUUUGUGCAGAAGAUUUUUAAGACAUACAUGCUUCUCUGACUCUAAAGCUAUAUUCAACAUUAAGUGAUAUAUUUUUGAAGAUUUUUAAUCGUCGCCAGUUUUCAAAACGCAUUGUGGCAAAACCGGUGUGUUUUUGACCUGUUUUUUUUUUAAAGAAAAUGUUACUAAACAUGAAAGAAAAUAGAUUGUCUGAAGCUUUUUAAGGUUCAAUAAAAAUAAAGAAAUCCAAGUAAAUGCUUGUUGCUUGUAAACUACUUAGCUUCUGGAGAUUAAGUGUACUGAUGUAACCAACACAGGGUGUAUUAAUAUUCAAACGUGUUCUUUGAAAACUGACAAUCUAAUGAUGUAACCCUUAGCCACAUAUUAGGAGUAUAUUUCUUUAAGUUUUUUUAAAUCAGUGUUGAUGGCACUUUUUUAGCAGAAGAUUACAUUUAGAAACAGUGGCUUACCCUUAUCUCCUGCAGCCAAGUAGUGAGAAUAAAAGUCUGAAAUUAAAGACUAAAAAUGUAUUAGUGUGAAAAAAAUGGAUGAAGUUAAAAACAUGCAAGCAGAGGGUGCUAGUAUUUCUCAAUUUCUUCUUAUCUGUAAACGUACAGUCAUGGGCAAAAGUUUCCAAAUCCUUUGCAAGACAUAGGGUGUGCAGACAUUGCAUGUAUUGUGAAAAAACAUGUUAAUGUACAUAGAUUUUAUGUUUUCAUUUUAUUAUCCAUUCUUUAUGUAUAUAUUUUAAUCAGUUUCCACAUUUUUCUCAUUAUAAAGGAUGUGCAGACUUGUGGCUAUGACUGUAUGAAGACAACCUGCCUUCUGUGUACGUGAAUCUUACAGCUAAUGUAGCCUUAAAUGUCAGCCAUGUGUAAAUGGAGGAAAAAUCAGAUGUUUUUUUCAGCUACAAGUUUUUCCUCUUCAUUUUGUAAGGGAACCAAGGUAAAUUCUUGCGCGCACGCACUCAAUAUCAAGCUGUUCUCUUUUCUCUAUGUGAGUCACCUCUAUUAGCACAGUUUGUGUUCAGAUUGUACUGAGUUAAUUUAUGUUGCUGAGCCCUUGUUCACAUAAAUAGUAAACCAGUUGUUUUAGAAUUGAAAAAUCUAUGCAUUUUGUUCUGGUUAUAAGCUAUCAUUUUUCUUGAAAAAUUAUAAAAUAAAUCCUGAAAUCAUUCAUGUAUAGAAAUAAAGUACAAACAAGGAAAAUUUAAUUUGCUUAACCCACUUGAAACAUUUGCAUUGAGAUAUUUAAGUGUUCAUACUUUAUUUUUAUGGUUUAUCUUCAGACUGGAAUAAACAUUUUAUUUUAGAGAAAGCCUUUUUAAAAACAUUCACUUUUGCUUUUAUACACUAUUUCUUCAUAUCCACUGUAUAGCUUUAGAAUCUGAAUGGUGUGCAAUAGGUGUUCUGGUUACAUAGGUGUCAGUGUUACAUUUAGAAAGGUAAAUCGAAAUGAUCUUAAUCUACCGAAAAGCAUUUUCACUCGAUAUUCAUUAUUGUUAAGUUUUAUGUUCAUUACAGUGGGUGUGGUUUAAAUGUCUUAAAGCUGUUUAAGGUAUUAAAUGUGCUGUAGUUAUUUCUUUUUUUGGACACUUGCUUCUAUGUGGUAAUAAUACUAAAAGACACAGACUCCUCCUGGGCUUGUAAUUGCUUGAAUGAGAUCAGGGAAGCCAUACAACACAGACCAGAGAUACCAGAACUAAUAGUAGAAAAUGAAUCGACCUUGGCAGAUUGUUGCUUAAAUAAUGGUAUACGGUUUUCUUACGUUUCGUAGCAGUUAUAAAAGUUGAUGUCAUCAGUUGGUUCUGCGGUUUCAGCAACACAAAAAGCCUAUAAUACCUCAUAAGCAUACACUAGUGUUAGCACCUGCUUGUUGUCCGCUCUCCUUUCAUAGUGAGCAUAAAGUUGGUUUAAAGUUUUUCAUUACUGCACAGACGUAUUGGUCUGGUCUGUUUUUUUUCCCCCACUUGUCCGUUUCAGUCCUUAGGGGAGGAAGUGUCGGGUGGGGGAUGGAUUGGGUCUUCAGUUAUCAAGGUUCUCGUGCAUUUAUAUUUCUACAAAGGUGUCGAUUUUACAAACAGAGCAACACAUGAUUCAAAUGUUAUUUAAAAGAUCUAAAAGGGUGCCUACUAUGAUUGCUUAUGGUUUGUAAUAUCAAUGAAAUUUUCAGACAAUGAUUCAUUUCUUCCUCGUGUUCAGAUACCCUUGGUAAUUAUUGACCCUUCCUAAUGGUAUUUGAAUUAUAUACUAGAAUCAUACUUUUGUAAGUCUGAUGAUGAUGAACCACUAUUGUGUAUAAUUUAAAGAUAAAUCAUUUGCACUGAUUUGUGGACACACUUUUUGAGGAUUUUUUUUAGGAGAAAAUCCCCACCUCCCCAGCAGGGUUGUAGUCUACUGGGAGUGAUAACCAGCAGAUGUAAAACAUUUUUAAACCAUUAAAAAUAAUGCUCAUGUUUGCUCAGAGGUCCACACGUGACAGUGAACACCUAAAUUGAGACAUAAAUAGUCGUAUUCUGGCAUCAGUGUAAUUUUAAAAUAGGAUAAUGGCAGGCAUCUCUCUGUGACCUAGUGUUUAAAAUUGCAAUUUGGACAACUAAUGAAGCCCACCCUGCUAACUUUUAAUUCACUGAUAAGCUCACCAUUUUGCCUUACUAAAUUAACUCUACCCCAGCACCUGCAAAUCUGGUUCCUUGAAUUUGAAGGAACUGGAAUUGCUUUGUUGGUCUUCAUACAAAAGCCUCAUCAUUUUAACCAUGUAUAUUUUUUGUGGGUAUGUGUUUUUAUUUUCAUCAAAUAGAUUUUUUUACCUGGUGUCUCAGUAAUCAAAUGUUUUAAAAAAAAAUCCAUAUAUAUUGAAGCUUGGAAAGCAUGUUUGAUUGCUUACCCUUCAAAAGAUGUAAUACAUAUGGAACAGUAAUAAGAUUUUCAUGUUUAACAAUAAAAAUUAUAUAAUAAAGCAGAACUAUUUUCAUGUAUGUAGAUUGUGUAAUGCUAUAGUAAAUUAUUGUCCAUGUUGAUUCAACUGCUACUUAGAAAUCUGCGUAAUUGACAUUACACAGAGGUUCAAUAAUUGUAUAUUUUGUAUUAUGUACUGAUUCCAAAGGAGAAAAAUAUUUGUGAAAAGCUUUGUUCCUAACCUGAAGACUGUACUGUCUGUUUGGAGUCAGUUGAACAAAUUGCAUUCCUUGCUUGUGAAUUGUUGCUUUUUCUUUUUUUUUGCAGAUGAGACGAUAAAGAGUUUGAAAAUAAAUUUCUAGUUUGCAAAAUGUGCCACUAAAUAAAUGGGUAAUUACCUUAUAGUUGUAAGUCUUCAUCUGAGUUUUUCAAGUCUACAAAGUGUUAGAAUGGCAAAUGCAAUAUUUUGUGAAAAGCUUGACCUGUUGAGGAGAAGGUGGGGGUAACGGUUCUAGAAUUAUUAACUGUUAAUAUGAAAUGUUGCAUUUUACAGUUUGUAAAAUUCAUUAUUAAAAACAUUGCUCUUUUAGAUACAA